CUUGUUCAUCUUCCCCAUAAACAUUUCACACCCAAUUAACCCUCUCUCUCUCUCUCUCUCUCUCUCUCUCUCUCUCUCUUCAUCUUUCAUCACUAUCUACCGAUUUCUCAGGACACAAUGAGCUCCGAUUGUCUCAUCAAUCGCUUCUUUCGUUAUCUUCAUCAUCCCGCUGACUAAUCGCCCAAUUUCAAUCCAUCCCAUUGCCUUAAUCGUUCUUUUUCUUGAACGGUCAAAUCCGGUCUGCUGAUGUAUGAUUAGAUCUGCACUAAUGAUGUAUAAACCUCAGGAACACUAUCCCAUUAAUUCUUUGGUGCUUUUAUGCAUCCAAUAAGAGCGAAGAAUUGCUGGUUCAUGCCUUGUGAAUAGCCAAGCACCUUUUUUGUGGUUAUCAUAUUGGUCAAUUUCAUAAUUUUGACCUGAUGCAAGGUCAAAGGAGCAUUUUUGACCCUUUCCCAGAGACUGUUGACCUUAACCAGGGGUCAAAUAACAGUAUGGAUGAAGCUGAUGAUUGGAAUAACAUGUUGUCUCUAACAGAAAGACAGUUGUUAAAUAACGAUCUUUCCAACGAGCUAAAUUUUAGAAGCUGGGAUGUUGGUGAAUCAAGCUCUAGAGCUAGUUUGCAAGGUCAGGUUUCUAAUAAUGGUCAAAGUUGGUCAAAUUCAGCCAGUCGUGAACAUGAAUCAUCAGCAUUUCAUCAGGUUAAUACGCAACGUCCCGUUUCCAAUCAUGUUUCUAUGAAUGUAAACUUAAACGUUGGAUUUGAGGCCACUGAUAGUGACGAUGAUGGCAUGGGGCGUUAUUCUGAAUACGGGUCGGGUUCAUCUUUAGAUAAUUGGGGUUUAUCUUGCAAAAGAAAAUCCCUAGAAGGUACAUCCACUCAAACCCUCGGUGUUGGUUCUAGUUGCUUUCCGGAAACUUCUAGAAGCUUAAAUAUAUCAUCACAUCUAGUCAACUCUGUUUCGGUCAACCGUCAUGAACCUCCAAACACAAGAAUCGAAGUUCAAGAAAGUUCACCAACACCAACACAUUUUGGCAGUAGAGGCUCGCUUCUUAAUAAUAAUAAUAAUAAUAUUAAUAACAAUAUUAGGCAUCCAAAUGGUAACUCAUCUCACCGAUCAUCUAGUAGACAGCUUUUGCUUAAUGAGUUUUUGGACCGAGGGCAAGUCGGUAAUCAUUCAAAUCAACAACCACCGUUAACGCACGUUCCAAAUAUUCCAAGAAACGCGUAUCACUUUCCGUGGGGUGGUAAUACCGGUUCAAGAAGCAGGAGUUCUUCAAGCUUGCUAAGAAACAAUGUGCAAAUGCAUAAUUUUGUUCCGCCAUCCGAGAGUCGGAAUUCGGUACAAGAUCCUACAAAUUGGAGCUUAGCUACCGGUGGCAGUGGCGGUAGCAGUGGUGGUUCUCGUGGUUUUAAUGGAGUAUGGGCGCCUCAACGUAAUAACCACGCAACGCCAAGUCAGCAAAGAUCGUCUGAGUUUCCACCUUGGACGCUUUUUCCGUCUUCGGAGGUGGAAUAUGGAGGGCAUAGAGGUCAUUUUUCUCAGUUUUUUGGUGGCUCUUCUUCUACUUCAGAAGAUAAUCAUAUUCAGAGACGUACCUACCCGUCAUUUUCAAGGUCUGCUUUAUUAAUGGAGGUACCGGGUGAUGAUUGGCGAGCUUUAGCUACUGAUAUUGAGGGAAGACAGCGGCUGGUAUCUGAGAUCCGACAGGUGUUAAAUGCCAUGCGAAGGGGUGAAAAUUUACGAGCCGAGGAUUAUAUGCUCUUUGAUCCAUUUAUCAACGGUGUUGCUGAGUUGCAUGACAGGCACCGUGACAUGAGACUGGACGUCGAUAAUAUGUCAUAUGAGGAACUGCUAGCAUUGGAAGAACGUAUAGGAAAUGUGAACACUGGGCUGAGUGAAGAAGUCAUUUUAAAGUCGAUGAAACAAAGGAAACACAUAGCUUUUAUGGCGAUUUCAACUCCUAAUUUGGAACCAUGUUGCAUAUGUCAGGAGGAUUAUGACACUGGUGACAAUAUUGGAAGCUUGGAUUGUGGACAUGACUUCCACACAGAUUGCAUCAAACAGUGGCUGGCACAGAAAAAUACUUGCCCCAUUUGCAAGAUGCCUGGUUUGGCUACUUAAAGAUGUUACAUUUGAGUUUAAUUAAAUAUAAAUAUUCCAAAACCUACCCGAAAGAUGUUACAUUUGAACUUAAUUUUAUGCUUUGGCUGGGAGACAUAUUGUUGUAGCUUUUACAUAUCCCUUUGGAUCCCUCAUUUAGGCCUCUAAACAAACCGAACGUUUAUGAA